AUGAAAUGUCUUAUGCCGCUUUCCGUGCUGCUUCUGCCCCAUCCGUUACAUCUCCUGAAACUGGUUCUGCUUCAAUGCAACAAACAAGUGUCCCCCCCGCCACAACCAUGCACUUCAGCAUAUAUCAUCGAAGAUAGGUUACUCAACGAGCUGUUGCUGGCACCAGGACGAGAGCGGAUUCCGAAGCUGAGCCCAAAUGAUGAACCAAACACUUUUUGGUUUAGGAAAAGGAACCGGAAUGCUAUUUGCAAGUCCAUUUUGAAGUGCUUUCAUACCCUCCUUGAAUGCUAUCCGACUUAUGCACAUGUACCAAUAGUAACAAAGAGGAUGUGGCUUCGUUCAUUUGCGCAAGACUGGAAUUGGGAUCCCGCUCACACUGAAGAAGUGCGGACAGCCUUUAAUGUGCAGGCUAACAAGCAGUACAAGAGCAACAUGACUUUUUGGAAGAAAAAGUGGAAGCUGAAGAAGGAUAAGCCCAUAGGUCUGGAUGAAAAUGUGUGGCUUGGAUUGAAAGCGUAUUGGCAACUAGAUGAGACUGCAUCUAUCGCAGAAACCAAUUCUCAGAAUAGGAAAAGCCAGCGUGGUGGGAAAGGUGUGUCCACACAUAAUUGCGGUGCAAAGACGAGAGAGGAACGCGAGAUUGAAAUGACUGCUGAAAAUGGUGGUGUGCCACCAUCAUGGUUAGAUUUGAUGGAGGAUAUGCACACCAAUAAACAGACCGGUGAGGUGCAAGAUCCUGUUGCUAGAGAGUUGCUGGACACUUUGAAGAAGAUGAAAGCAGAGAAAGAAGCACAACUCCAACAGUCUCAGAUGUGUGCAGUUGAAGGAUCUACAGCUUCAAACGUGAUGUCCCGCAAAGAGAUUAAUCAGAUGGUUCUUGAGCUGAAGACAGACCAAAAUGAAGAGCGGACAAAGCGACGGGCUUUGGAGGUAGAACUUCGAGCCGUCAGUGAUUUUAUCUCUCGGGUUUAUCCUGAAGAUUUCUCAGCUUCACAGUCUUUCUCACCUUCACAGCCCGAGUAA